AGUAGCGUUUGUCACGUGGCGCCGUGGCCGGAUUUGUGGAGUUAGAUCAUUCUCCGGUGACUGCCGAAGGGUUGGAAAAGUGCUGCCCAGCGGGGAUGCAGAUUCCUGACUGAGCUCAGCGUGGUUCUUUCCGGUCACGUGCUGUGCGGAGCAGCUGCUAGACACGUUAUUGCUAGGCAACGCUUGCACGCUUUGUCCCGCGCUGGAUCCCCGCAGUGGAGGAUCUGGGCGCCGCUGGCCGACAUGGACCAGUACUGCAUCCUCGGUCGCAUCGGGGAGGGCGCCCACGGCAUCGUCUUCAAAGCCAAGCACGUAGAGACUGGAGAGAUCGUUGCCCUCAAGAAGGUGGCUUUGCGGCGGCUGGAAGAUGGCAUUCCUAACCAGGCCCUAAGGGAAAUCAAGGCUCUGCAGGAGAUCGAGGACAGUCAGUAUGUGGUGCAGCUGAAGGCUGUGUUCCCACAUGGUGCAGGGUUUGUGCUGGCCUUUGAGUUCAUGCUGUCAGACCUGGCAGAGGUGGUGCGCCAUGCCCAGAGGCCACUGGCCCCGGCACAGGUCAAGAGCUACCUGCAGAUGCUGCUCAAAGGUGUUGCGUUCUGCCACGCCAACAACAUUGUGCAUCGGGACCUGAAGCCUGCCAACCUGCUCAUCAGUGCCUCAGGCCAGCUCAAGAUAGCUGACUUUGGCCUGGCCCGGGUCUUCUCUCCAGAUGGUGGUCGCCUCUACACACAUCAGGUGGCCACCAGGUGGUACCGAGCUCCUGAGCUCCUGUAUGGUGCUCGGCAGUAUGACCAGGGCGUCGACCUAUGGGCUGUGGGCUGCAUUAUGGGAGAGCUGUUGAAUGGGUCCCCCCUGUUCCCUGGAGAAAAUGACAUCGAGCAACUCUGCUGCGUGCUUCGCAUCCUGGGCACCCCCAGUCCUCGCAUCUGGCCGGAGAUCACAGAGCUGCCUGACUACAACAAGAUCUCCUUCAAGGAGCAGGCGCCAGUGCCCCUGGAGGAGGUACUGCCUGACGCCUCUCCCCAGGCCUUGGACCUGCUGGGUCGGUUCCUCCUCUACCCUCCACACCAGCGUAUCGCAGCCUCCCAGGCCCUUCUGCAUCAGUACUUCUUCACAGCUCCUCUGCCUGCUCAUCCAUCUGAGCUGCCAAUUCCUCAGCGCCCAGGGGGACCUGCACCCAAGGCUCACCCAGGCCCUCCCCAUGUGCAUGACUUCCAUGUGGACCGGCCUCUUGAGGAGUCACUGCUGAACCCAGAGCUGAUUCGGCCCUUCAUCCCAGAGGGCCUGCUUGAGAGCUGGGCUCCAGGAGGCAGAACCGUGAAGAUGUCCAGCCCAGCAGAGAACAAGACUCACAGCCUCCAUAGACGACUAGCUGUGUCCUUCCCCAGGGCUGCCACUCAGUGGUGUCACCUGCCUUGGAGAUGGUUCUCCAGGCUCUGUCUCCUGCUCAAGUACAUUGCUAUUAGAGCAUCACCUGGGGAGGCACAGCUAGGAAGACAGGCUUGCUAUGGUCUGGUUCCCAGGGUCCUCUGAGCCAGGAUUUGAGAUUCACAUAGAAGCCCUGAGUAUUUCUGCCUGUUUCUAUUAGGGAAAUUGACAAUGGUGGCCCCUUAAUUCAUAGGGGUCAGUCACCCAGAAGGUGCUUCCAGUCAGGGCCACUUUGGUCCUGAGGCUUCCUGUGCCGUCCAUGUGACUUGAGUGCUCACCAGUCAGGGUCCAGAAGUUGAGGCCCAGAGACAGACAGUCUGGCUCCCAAAGCACACUUUCCACAUGUUGGGUGGUUAGUCAGUUUUUCUGAAGGAUAAGAGUGAGCCAGAGGCUGCUGUGAAUAUUUGAAGCAGGCAUUCCUGGAAUUCAUUCAGUAAAUAAAUGCCAGUGUAACUCA